GGUAAAUACUAAGUUAGCGUUUAAGCAGCAAUAACAAAAAGUGUGUGCACAAACGAAACAGCAACAAGUCACAAAACGUCAGACAACACAGUAUCAACGUAAGCAAAGUGCAUUCAAAAUUACAGUUAACAGUAGUCUUCACAACAACAACUCCGUUUGGCAGCCAUCACAUUAUUGCACUUGCUUACGUCCUCCUAAAUAGUAAGUGUCGUCCGUGUUAUCGCCAACGUCAAAAUGUCAUCGUCGGAGCAAUUUGCAACGCCGACUUCCUCAACAGCGCGUAUCCACUACAGCGAAGACUUACCGAGCGUCAGCGGCCAAUAUACACAACACUACAGCAAUAACGGCGGUCAAGCAUCACAAGGUGCCACACCACAUGGCUCACCGCAGCUCACGCAACGCCUGGGCCGUCAUUUAAGUAAAUCCGCAUCGGAAUUGAAUGGACACGACUGCCAUAGUGAACGUGAUUCGCCACGUACAUCGCCGAAACGUGCCAAAAGUGCCGCUACAACGCAUAGUGGUGUUGGUGGCGCAGGAUCGGCACACAGUGGUUCGGGUAGUGUCUUCCAAAAGACGCAUGGUUUCUUCAAUACGCUGAAACAUCGUUGGAAUCGUGCGAAAAGUAAGGAUCGUUCGGGUCGCAAGUCGCCGAGUGACUUUCUCGAAGAGAGCACUGACUAUGCAGCCGAUUAUAGUUCCGAGAGUAGUUCGGUUACACAAAGUCCACGACAUCGUGCUACAACGAUAGGUGGUUCACCGUUGGCGAAAGAGUUUAGUGCUUCCGCGAGAAUGGCGCAAAUGAUACACCGUUUCGGUGGCUCUAUGGAGGGACGAAUCGAAGAGCAUCCGGAAAAUGGUAGCGGUAAUGGCAGUGCGGUCGGUAACAGUGGUGCGCCGAUGGAGGGUUAUGUGUCGUCGAAGCAAAUCGAAGUGCUGCAGGCGGAAGAGUUGCGCCGCAAAAAGGAAGCACAAUUACGACAGUACGUCUUCUUUCAGCUACGCGUACAUCUGAAGAGCGGCAGCGAUUUGAUGGCCAUGGAUAAAAAUGGUCUAAGUGAUCCUUAUGUAAAAUUCAAAGUUGGCGGUCGUCUGCUGCACAAAUCACGCACAAUUCAUCGAGACCUGAAUCCGGUGUGGGACGAAGUGUUCAUUGUGCCCAUCGAAGAUCCCUUUCUGCCCAUUAAUGUUAAGGUAUUCGAUUAUGACUGGGGACUGCAGGAUGAUUUCAUGGGUUCCGCACAAAUCGAUUUGACGGCACUGGAGCUGGGUAAAGCGGAGGAUCUCUGCCUGCCAUUGCAUGAUAUCAACCAUCCGGAGCGGCAAAUGGGUGAAAUACUUGUAAAUCUAACACUUUGGCCGCGCAGUCAAGAGGACAAGGAAAUGCACUUUCAGCGCAACACCAAAUUGGCCGAGUCAUCGAAGCGUUUGAAAUCACAGAUCUGGAGCUCGGUCGUCACGAUAUUGUUGGUCAAAGCCAAAGAUUUGCCAUUGGCGGACGACGGCAGCAAACUCACCGAUAUACACAUUAAAUUUAGACUCGCCAAUGAGAAGUACAAAAGUAAGUCUUCCUGGACCGAACGUUGGCUGGAGCAAUUCGAUUUGCAUCUAUUCGAUGAAGAUCAAAAUCUGGAAAUCUCCCUCUGGAACCGCAAUGCGCUCUACGGCAAGGCCAACAUCGAUUUGAGCGUAUAUCAACGUGAGACCACACAUGGCAUUUGGCGUGCCUUUGAAGACUGUUCCGGCGAGGUGUUUCUUAUGUUGACCAUAAGCGGCACUACCGCACUAGAAACCAUUACCGAUCUCAAGGCGUACAAAGAGGAUCCACGUGAGAUGAAGAUCAUGCGCGAUCGUUAUCGUUGGCAUCGUUGUUUUCAGAAUCUGCGCGAUGUGGGUCAUCUGACAGUGAAAGUAUUCGGUGCGACGGGUUUAGCAGCAGCUGAUAUCGGCGGCAAGUCCGAUCCGUUUUGUGUGCUAGAGUUGGGUAAUGCACGUCUACAGACACAAACCGAAUAUAAGACGCUGACGCCGACGUGGAAUAAGAUUUUUACAUUCAAUGUCAAAGACAUCACACAAGUCCUCGAGAUAACUGUCUAUGAUGAGGAUCGCGAUCAUCGUGUGGAAUUUUUGGGAAAACUGGCGAUUCCACUAAUGCGUAUCAAGAAUGGCGUAAAGCGCUGGUACACACUGAAGGACAAAAAUCUUUGCUCACGUGCUAAGGGCUUAUCGCCACAAAUCUGCCUCGAGAUGACCGUACUGUGGAAUGACGUACGCGCCAUUUGUCGCAUAUUACAACCGAAAGAGGAGAAACUGAUACAACAGGAAGCGAAAUUCAAGCGGCAACUUUUUCUGCGCAACGUCAACAGACUGAAAGUGAUCAUUAUGUAUAUCUUGGAUGCGGCACGUUACGUACAAAGUUGCUUUGAAUGGGAGUCACCGCUGCGCUCGGCCAUUGCGUUUGUGCUAUGGAUAUUGGCCUGCGUCUAUGGCAAUUUGGCGACUGUGCCAUUAGUCUUGCUGUUAAUCAUAAUCAAAAACUGGUUGGUGCGCAUGAUUACCGGUACGAGUAGUGAUCCUGCCGCUGGCUACUAUGAUUACGAUUACGAUGAGGAUGACGAUGAUGACAAGGAGAAGGAGGAGAAGAAAUCAAUUAAAGAGCGUCUACAAACCAUACAGGAAGUCUCGCAAACAGUGCAAAAUACCAUUGGUUAUCUGGCGUCGUUGGGCGAAAGCACGAAAAACACUUUCAAUUUUUCCGUACCGGAACUGACGUGGCUCGCAGUGGCGCUGUUAGUUGGUGGUAUUGUAGUUCUACACUUCAUACCCAUACGCUUUCUGCUGCUCUUCUGGGGCAUUAUGAAGUUCUCCCGACGCAUACUACGCCCGAACACGAUACCGAACAAUGAGCUCUUGGACUUCCUAUCACGUGUGCCAGACGAUGAGCAAAUUAAUCAAUUCCGUGAACUGCCACCCACCGCGCCCACCGAUCAGUCGCGCAAUAAUCCUAAGAAGAAAUUCAAACCCUCAUAGUCCAUUGCCAAUUUAGAUGCCAGCGGUGCGUUGCAACACUUCCAGACCGCGACAAUGGCGCAGCAGAUUGGUGUGAAUGACGCUGGCGUCGGCAUGUUGCCGCAACAUGUUGGUGGCGGCACCACAACACGCUCCGUGCGCAACAUAUUCAAAGCGAGUCGUGACGGCUUGAAGCAACAGCUGAACAAAGCUUACAGUAAAAGUGUGAAGAAAUCGAAUUAGCGAAAAAUUAAUGUAAAUAACAAGUGAUCCAUACAUACCUUAGCAUAGAAUCUCAACUGAAAAAAUAGUACUAAAUAUGUCUCUAAUAUACUUAAAUGUGAAUUUUCGAAAAUCUUAAGCAAUUUAUUGAAAACACACAACAACGCACUUCCAAGUUCCAAA